UCCACAUCUGUGCUACUCGAUUCUGUUCCUUUUUAUAAAGGCAAUUCCCUAAGCUACCUUCAUUUCUCGAUCGCUACGCAUUUCCUUUUCAGUUUCCAAAUUCCAAACCCUAAACCUCCUUCUCUCUUCCUCUCUUUUCCCUCCAUUCCUCCAUGGAUUCCGUCAAGUCCUUCAAGGGCUACGGCAAGGUCGACGAGCUCGAACACCAAGCUUUCCGCCAGAAAACUCGCCGCCGACUCAUUAUACUACUUCUCUCUGUUGUUCUUCUUAUUGCUUUGGUCAUCGGCGCCGUCGUCGGAAUCGUCAUUCAUAAACGGAACUCUUCGUCUUCUUCGACCACGAGUUCGACUCCUCCCACUGAGCUCCCUCCGGCUGCUUCACUCAAAACUCUCUGUAGCGUCACUCAGUAUCCGAGUUCCUGUCAGUCCUCUCUCGAAAACUCCAACACCACCGAUCCGAUAUUUCUCUUCAAGCUUUCUCUCCGAGUCGCCACCGAUUCGAUCUCAAAACUCUCUGAUUAUGCCUCUAACCUAAAUUCCAGUACUAGUGAUGUGAAGGUUAAAGCUGCGAUUGGAAUCUGCUCGUCUGUUUUUAAAGAUGCCAUUGACACACUAAACGACACCGUUUCAUCCAUGGAAGUGGAUCGCCAUGGCGAGAAGUUCUUGUCGCCGUCGAGGAUUGAAGAUCUGAAAACCUGGCUGAGCACCACAAUCACAGACCAAGAAACCUGCCUCGAUGCCAUUCGAGAUCUAAACCAGACUGCGGUUCUCGAAAAUUUGCAAGCGGUAAUGGCGAACUCGACCGAGUUCACUAGCAAUAGUUUAGCGAUUGUGACCAAAAUCCUGGGGCUGUUGGCGGAUUUCAACAUCCCUAUCCACCGGAAACUGAUGGCGUUCCCGGAGUGGUUAAGCCCCGGCGAUCGGAGGCUUUUGCAGGAGAACAAUGUGACGGCGCAUGCGACGGUGUCGAAGGAUGGGACAGGGGAUUUCACGACGAUCAAAGAGGCCGUAGCAGCGGUGCCAAAGAAGAGUAAAGAAAGAUUCAUCAUCUAUGUAAAAGAAGGAUUAUACGAAGAGAAUGUGAUUCUGGAUAAGAGCAAGUGGAAUGUUAUGAUGUACGGAGAUGGCAAAACCAGAACCAUUGUUUCAGGCCGCCUUAACUUCAUCGACGGCACUCCCACCUACGCCACCGCCACUUUUGCUGUUCAAGGCAAAGGAUUCAUCGGGAAGGAUAUGGGGUUCAUCAACACAGCCGGUCCGGCCAAACACCAGGCCGUUGCCUUCCGGUCAGGCUCCGACCUAUCUGUGAUGUACGGAUGUUCAUUUGAUGGCUAUCAAGACACUCUUUACGCCCAUUCAAACCGUCAAUUCUACAGGAACUGCGACAUCACUGGCACCAUCGACUUCAUCUUCGGCAACGCCGCCGUGGUAUUCCAAAACUGCAAUAUCCGGCCCAGGCAGCCACUUCCCAAUCAGUUCAACACCAUCACAGCCCAAGGCAAAAAGGACAUCAACCAAAACUCCGGCAUUUCCAUUCAGAAAUGCACUUUUUCGGCCUACAACGACAGUCUCACUGCCCCCACUUACUUGGGGCGGCCAUGGAAGGAAUUUUCCACCACCGUGAUUAUGCAGUCGGAGAUUGGGGCCUUCCUGCAGCCCAUCGGGUGGAAGGAAUGGGUGAGCGGGCAGGACCCACCCAGCAGCAUAUUUUACGGGGAGUAUCAGAAUAGUGGGCCUGGAUCCAACGUGGAGAAGAGGGUCAAAUGGACCGGUUACAGGCCCAGUCUUACAGACGCCGAGGCCGCAAAGUUCACCGUCCGGACGUUCCUCAACGGCGAGGAUUGGUUGCCGGCGACCAGUGUAAAAUUUGAUACAUCCUUGUGAUAAACACAUAGAAGAAGACAACUCACACGUUGAGCAGUUUAAAUUAAUUUAUAAUUUUUUUUCCUCUUUUUCUGGUUGGGUUUUGAAUAAAAUUGUGUUUGGAGUGCAAGUUUUAAGAA